CUAACGUAAACCUCGCACCCAAGUAUCCAAAACCAUUCCAUUUUCGUACCUCCGCCGGAAUCUCGCCGCCGGCGGACAUUUCAUCAUUCUUUUUUCUAUUUUCUCUUCUGUCUUGAUUUCUCUAAACUUUCCAUAUAAUCGAUUUCACAUCUUCUGAGCCGGAUUCUCCGCCCUUCUGCUUUGAACCAAAUUGAUUUCGCAGUCUGGCUCCCCUGAAUCAUAGGGAUUGCGCUCUUUUCUGAUUCAGGGGUCCAUUUCGGGAGUGAAGGGUAGGAUGCAGAGCAGCGAGGAAGCUUAGAAAAAGGAGGGGAAAGAGAAGAAGGAGAAGAGGAAUUGCAGCAGUAGCAGCAGCUUUGUGACUCCACAUAGAAAUGCUGACGUGUAUAUCGUGCUCGAAGCAAACGGAGGAGGAUGGGAGAGGAGAGGAGGGCAGUGGAGGUGGGGCGCGUGGGACACCAAGUACAAAAGAAGCCGUCAAAAGCCUGACGGCGCAGAUCAAGGAUAUGGCCUUGAAAUUCUCGGGUGCUUACAGGCAAUGCAAGCCCUGCACUGGGUCCAGCAGCUACAAGAAGGGACACCGGCCUUAUCCUGACUUUGAUACCAUUUCAGAAGGGGUUCCAUACCCCUACUUAAGGCCGGGGAGCUCCAGUUCAACGCCUGCAUGGGAUUUCACAACCAGCAGCCAUAACCCUGGUGCAGGGUCUGACUCAAGGUUCACUGGGGUGUUGAGAGGUGAUCAGACACCCGGAGGGGUGUCCAUCUCGGCUCAGUCUUGUGAUGUUGUGCUGGAAGAUGAGGAUGAGCCCAAGGAGUGGAUGGCUCAGGUUGAGCCUGGAGUUCACAUCACUUUUGUGUCCCUCCCCAAUGGGGGAAAUGACUUAAAACGGAUCCGUUUCAGCCGGGAGAUGUUUAAUAAAUGGCAAGCUCAGCGAUGGUGGGGAGAGAAUUAUGACCGGAUCAUGGAGCUCUACAAUGUCCAGAGAUUCAACCGCCAAGCUCUACACACUCCUCCUAGGUCUGAGGACGAGAGAGAUUCAUCUUACUCGAGGAUGGGAUCGGCAAGGGAAAGCCCUAUGACUCCAUCACUAAACAAGGAAUGGAUUCCGAGAAACUAUUAUAAACCAUCUGGAAGUAAAGGGUACUUCCCAUCUGAACCUUCAGAUCAGUAUGGGAGUCAUCAAUACAAUGCGGGUUCAAGUGCUUAUGGCACAGGCGGCCCAAGGGGCGAGACAUCUUCCAUGGAUGCUUCACGGACAACAACCUCAUCUAGGGAUGAGGCGUCAGUUUCCAUUAGCAAUGCCAGUGACAUGGAGACUGAGUGGGUUGAGCAAGAUGAACCAGGAGUCUACAUUACCAUCAGACAGUUGGCUGAUGGCACAAGGGAGCUUCGGCGUGUCAGAUUCAGCCGUGAAAGAUUUGGUGAGGUCCAUGCAAAGACGUGGUGGGAAGAGAAUCGAGAGAGAAUACAAGCUCAAUACCUCUAAAUUUAGAUUUUUCACAAAACUACAACGUUGUUGGCGGCUGCAGUAAAAUGAACAGGCUAUGGUUGAAAGCUCCAUGGAAAUGAAACCAUUCCAUUUUGUUUCUUCGCAUGAAGCUAUUUUACUAGAUUGGAGUCGUUUCCACAAACAAGUUCAUCAUUGCCAAUGAUGGUUGAAGACUAAACAAAUGUUCUUCUCCUCCUGCAAAUCAUCCUUCGAUACAAUUUCAAAGUUAAGUUUACCAUUUUUGUACUGACUAGCCAUAUUCCAGAGGAUGGAAUUAUGAUUCGGAUGCUACUUAACCCUGAUGCGAUGAUUUCAUUUUCCCGGAUUCUCUUUGUUUAUGGAUGUCAUUAUAGACACCAUUUUGAAAAGCUUGAUAUAUGAAAUGUUUGUUUGUUUUUUUCUUCUCUGUUGUAACACAAAGGUUUUGGUAUGACAAAUGAAAUUGGAAUCA